UCAGAGUUUUCAAAGGCGAGCCAUAUUAAGCAGAGAAACGUUAUAAAACUGGCCUCCAAGUAUCGUUUAGAAUAAGAUGGAACCGACGUAAAACUGAACGAAGUCCAUCAUCUCGCGAGAGAAAAAUCUGUUGCUGUAGCAACGAAUCGGACUUCACAACCGCGCUGCAGUUCAGUCUUUUCAAGACUAAAUCACCGUACGAUGACCGCGGUGCACAGUUUGGUACCGGCUCGCUUUCUCACUCUCACGGCCCACCUAGUCAUCGUCAUCACUAUCUUCUGGUCUCGAGAAAAUAAUGUACGGGCUUGCCUGCCACUGGAGUUCACACAAGAGGAGUUCAACGCCCAGGACACACAGCUGGUGGUGGCGCUGUCUGUGACCCUUGGACUGUUUGCUGUGGAGCUGGCCGGGUUCUUCUCUGGAGUGUCCAUGUUCAACAGUAGCCAAAGCCUUCUCUCCAUUUUGGCCCAUGUCAGCGCUUCUGUGUCUUUGCUCUUCUUCCUGUUUGAGCAGUGGACCUGUGACAUCUACUGGUGGAUCUUUGCCUUCUGCAGUGCCAUUCCAGCGCUUGUGGAAGUGUUCCUCUUCAUUGCUGUAUUUGGACUGAAGAAGAAGCCACUGUGAGGAGCUCGCAGACUGUCCCUUCAAAACCUCCACCACCCCUUGCCUCCAGAACCAGAACCCAUCCUCCAGAUGAACCUAAUCCCAUCUCAGGAAAAGAGUCAAGAUCAUUGCAGUACUCGGCCACUUUCCAAACACCACAGAUGAGAAUGUGUAUGUGCGCAAAGACAUUUUACUUGGAGUGACCAAUCACAACAGUUAAACUUCCUUUUCUUCUGCCUUUUCCUGCCCCUUGCCUCAAAAGGACUAUGUGGCUGGUAUAUAAACACAGAGUCCAGAUGGCCAGACAUCUAACAGCAAGCCCUUUCCAAAAGGAGGUACCAGCAAGGCAGGCUCCUGUUGGACAAAUUUACAUUAUUUAUGUUGUUUGGAAUAUAUGCUGGUUUUUGCUUCAGUUGUUAACCAUGUAAAGGUUGGUGUUACCCAGAAUAUUGUUUCUGUGUUCUAUAUCUAGCCUUCAUAUCCUGCUCUCAUGUCCUGUUCCUACAUUCCCAUGCCAUUACAUACAGAUCUAGUGACUCCUGUUAAGGAAUACAUUUUUUUCAUAAUUUCCCAGCAAGUAUGUCUACAGAACCUCUGGUGCUGACAAAGCCUGGUAUUCCACAGCUGGUGCUGUUAUCUGCCAUACAUCAAAAGGCCAGGACAGUAGUAGCAGAGGUGGGUGUCUGUUCAUGAGGACCAUUUGCAGGCACAUCUGGUUUGUGGAGCAAAGAAGGAAUAGAUGCAUU